GCGGAAUGUCUAGAAAGGCGACGGUCCAUUGAAGCCAGGUAGGAACGAACCCACAAAAAUCUAAAAUUCUCGAAGCAAGCGAAAAUCUCCUGCUGUACUGUGGCUGUCGACAUGUACGCAAGGCCUGCAGAAUAAGAAGAGGAGACCGACACAGAUUGAUUGCUUAAUCGACUUGUGUUGUGCUUUGCAAGCACAGGAAGAUUAGUCCUAAUCAGGGAUUCGGAUUCUGGAGCUGGUUGUCCAGCCGGACAUGAAAGUGUCAGUGUAGAAGUAUAGGAAAGAAGACGUGAAGUACAGUAAUACGAGUAGGGGUUGGGGAAUGGUCAGAAGCCCGCCUGACUGAUGUGGCUGAAAUUACACCAUUCAGGGUUUUUAACUGCUCACAUAGACUCAUAGUGAGCAUGGGAUUUUUGACAAAGCCUCCAGGAGACUAACGGCUGAAUCGUGGACCGACCAUCCACCCAAUCCGACCCUGCCAUUCUCGCGGGGUUGUUGUUAGGGAAUUUGUGGUGAAGAGGAAUUCUAUGAGCUCUCUGAGAGUGGGGGACUGGUCACAUGGGAUUCCCAGUUGAUGGUACAGGAUUUGAAUUAAAAUUUGAAAACUUUUCGGGGACUUUUUGAAAGUGAAAAAGUCGGAACAGUACAUUUACAAUUGACUGAAGCGAGGGGGAGAUGGUGGAGUUGGUACUUCUCGAUGAAGGUGGAGUAGCAGGACCAGGAGCAGGAAGAUCUCAAGUAGAAAGCAUGAGCAUCGAGAAGUAUACUGUAGAAGAAGUUGCAACUCACAGUUCUGCUGACGAUUGCUGGGUUAUCAUUCACGGCAAGAUCUAUGAUGUGACGAAAUAUUUAGACGAUCAUCCCGGUGGAGAUCAAGUUCUACUGGUGUCGGCAGGUGAAGAUGCCACCGAAGAAUUUGACGACGCAGGUCAUAGCACUGAUGCCUGGAAGUUAAUGGAGAAGUAUGUUGUCGGCCAGGUGGAUGAGACCUCAGUUUCAACUACAAAAAGUUCCCAAUUUUUGUAUAAGACUCUGCCGACAGUAGCUUCUGUACUGGUGCUAGGUCUUGUCGCAGGUGUAAUACUUUGGAGAAAAAAGAGAAUAGUCUAGUUCAAGAACAUUGUUUUGCACGCCUGGUCCUCACGUCAAAAGAUGGGAAACCUACCUCGAAUACUAUCACUACUGCAAAGUGGAUCGUUUGGGGCUUUCUGUCUUCUAAGUCUUUUGUAGCUUGUUCUACGGUAGGAGACCACCGAUCUCUCAGCACUUAUUCUUCUUGAGCGGAUGUUAAUGCUACCUUUCAAGAACAGUAGAUUGAAGUGAUUGUUAAGGACUGGAGGCACUUAAGGCUUCGGGAUAUCUGUGCUUGUGGCCUCAACGGGAUCUUUGUUCCUGCAUCUGAUGUCCCAAAACUCAUUACUCUCACAGUGUUCAGUAGAACUGUUAACCGUAGCCGAUAACAGUAGAACUGUUACCGGCUGUAAGCAUGUAUGAGAAUAGCUUCGGAGAUGUCCAGAGUACACAAAUGCCUUGUCUAUCUGCGAUAUCUAUGCGGUGAUAAUUGUUAAAUAUCUGUGGGAAUAGUGUGGUUGUCACUUCGUUGAACAUUAUCAUCUGUAGACAUUUGAGAUAUACACCAUCUACACCAAUUUAU